AUAGAUACUGCAGAUUCCAGAGACCUACCCGUCUUACUCAUCCAAAUUAGAAAAAAAAAACCAACACAAUACAUCUCUUCAUUGCUUCUCUUCUGUAAAACUAUUUAUAGAAUUACAGUUAUAGAGAGGAGAGACAAUCACUGAUACGAGAUCAUACGAUGGGAAUUCUAGUGCAACCACUUGCUAUUCUACUCAUCUCCCUCUUCGUUGUCUUCCUUCCCAAAACAUGUGCAAAAUUUGUGAUUGAACCAUGUAAGUCCUCUGACUCCUGUACCUCUCUACUCUCCUAUCUCCUCCCUUGGGACUCCAAGCUCUCAGAGAUUGCAUCUAGGUUCCAAGUAAAUGUACUUGACAUCUUAGGCUCAAACUCGCUUGACCCAACAAUGGCAUUCCCUGAGAACCGAAUCCUCCCCAAAAGUUCUCUCAUCAGAAUACCCAUUUCGUGCUCCUGCGUAGAUGGCAUCCGUCGUUUUGUAUUGACAUCUUAUACAGUUCGAGCUGCAGACACAAUUGAGUCUAUAUCGAUUGGUUAUGGUGGGCUGGCCAGUGCAGAGCAGAUCAGGAGCUUUAAUGGGGUUGAUGGCCAGGGACGACUGUGGAGUAGUCAGAGCCUUGUAAUUCCGUUGCCGUGCACAUGCUUCAAUAACACUAGUAAUGGCAUUACGGCAAUUUACUUGUCAUAUUUAGUGCACAUAGGGGAAAACUUAAACAGCAUCGGAGCGACGUAUGAUACGACUGUAGCAGAGUUGGUGACCGUUAAUGGCCUGUCACAAGCGGUAGUUGAUCCAGGAGAUAUUGUAGCAGUUCCGAUUCCAGCCUGUUCAUCUGCUAACCUGAAUUGGCACAAUGAAAGUUUGAUAGUUCCAAACGGUAGCUAUGCCCUAACUGCAAACAAUUGCAUCAAAUGCAAUUGUGGUCCAAACAAUCUCGACUUAACCUGUUCCCCAUCCUUUGUUGGGUCCUCUUGCUCUCAUCUGCAAUGCAAAGGGACAGAGUUCUAUGUAGGUGACAUCCAUGAGGAGAAAACAACAACAGGUUGCAAUGUCACUAAGUGCUUAUAUCGUGGCCACUUAGGCCAGAAGAUUUUCAAAAGUUUAGUGAGUUCUUCUCAGAUGCAAUGCUCAGGUAACCAAAGUAAUUAUACUUCGGCAUCGCCUACAUCAUUUGGUUCUGUUAUCCCGUUAACAAGUUUGUCUCCAUCUCCCUCUCCCUCUGAGGCUCCACCACAAACUUCUGUUUUUAAUGGCUCUGCUCCAGUUGUCACAUUGGCUCCGACAGAUCCUAGUAAUGGCGGACAUGGGGUUAUUUCAUUUUGGGGUUUAUCGUGGUUUCAGAUUAUAUUUCUUUCGGCAAUUCUUUUUUAUUUUCUGGAGCCUGGAACCAUAACCUGCUAACUACAUUGUCUUGGACUCUUGGGUUAUUGAUGUUUAUACGGUCAUCUACAUAAGAAGAUGCAUAGCUAACUUAAUUGCUGGUAAAUAGACAUUUGUGUUCUGGAAAGGCGGGGUUUGGGGGUGGGGAUGACAACCCCUAAACAAGGCAGCCGAGUUUGAGAGAUUAUAGUAUUGGGGAUGCUUCAUAUAAAGCUGAAAUUGCAGGAAUAUUAGAGAGGUAGACGUAGACUGACGAAAUGUCACAGAGGAAGCUUGUUACUGCCUUUACCUAGCAAAUUGGAAGGCAAAGAAUGAACCUAAACCGGGUGCCAACUGAUUAUCUGAUUCUUUGAAGUCGAAUGCAAUCUUCUUUUGUCCUGUCAA